AUGGCACCAAUCCGCCGGUACCUCCGCAUAACUAAAUACUCUGUUAUCGAAUGCCGAAUCUACCUCGACAACCCUGCCCUCGUUCACACCUGGCUCCUCAACCCGAGAAAGCCCGUCCUGCCGAAGAUCAUCGAGAGCGUCCGCCCAUUCGUGCUCCCCAAGCUCCGCGAAGAACGAGAACGCAGCCGAAAGCGAAGCACCAAGAAGAAGGGCAUCAAGGAUGUAGUAGUCGAAGACGACUUCGAGGUGUCGAUAUUCCUCACCGAGACAAGCACCCGUCAUGCGCUGCUUACGAAGCACAAGUACUUCCACGACACGACGCAGACUAAGCUGACUUCCAACUCGACCCGUUUGAUGGGCGCGACUAGCGAUGCCCCUGUCGAUGUUGAUGUCACGGCCGAUAUGACCGCAGUGCUACGCGAGGAAAGCGACGACGACGACGACGACGCUGCAGCAACCCUGGCCGCCAUCCCAACGGUAGAUGAGACAGCGUAUAGUAGCAGCGGCAGGCCGCCCAAGCGCCCACGCAGGAGCACAGAAGCAGAAGUAGACACAGAUCCUAAUGCGGCCGCUGGCGGAAAUAACGCAGUCGAGGUCGUAUCGGACAGCCAGGGAGACUCUGAGGGGGCGGACGACAGUGGCCUGUUCGUGCAGCAGCAGAGCCCAGAGGAUGACCCGAGCACGAGGCCGCCACCGGCAAAACGCCGCAGAGCGGUAGCGGCCAGCGGGGAAGAUGGUAAUAGCGAGGAAAGCGACGAUGACAAAAAGAAACUGGCCAUGGAUAUCUCAUACGAGGGAUUUUCUAUCUACGGCCGCGUGCUCUGCCUCGUUGUCAAGCGUCGUGAAGCCGCCGGCCCCCAACCGGCGGGACGAGGUGGUAGGCUAGGGACACCCGCGACGAGCGGUAGCCAUGCGACGAAACCUGGGGGCGGCCAAGCCAUGAUGGAGAGCUUCAUCAUCUCCACACAAGUACCCGCCGGCGCUGAGAUUUCUUGA